CCCACUACCCAGCGCAGACGUUUUCUUCCGCCGCCAUCCACCAUCCCAGAUCCAGACAGCAACAAAAACCAGCCCCUAAACAUGAGCUACACCGUAGAAGAGAGGGGAAACCCGAACUCCCUGAGCUACCGGCUGUUCUUUAAAAACGCUGAUGGAAAGUACAUCUCACCAUUCCACGACAUACCUAUGUAUGCUGACGAGAGCAAGAACAUCUUUCACAUGGUUGUUGAAGUGCCAAGAUGGACAAAUGCCAAAAUGGAGAUUGCCACUAAAGAUGUUUUGAACCCAAUUAAACAAGAUGUGAAGAAAGAGAAGCUGCGAUAUGUUGCCAACGUUUUUCCACAUAAAGGUUACAUCUGGAACUAUGGAGCCAUUCCUCAGACAUGGGAAGACCCUGCACACAAAGAUGGAGACACUGGCUGCUGCGGUGACAACGACCCCAUUGAUGUCUGUGAAAUUGGCAGUAAGGUUUGCUCCCGCGGUGAGGUAAUCAAAGUGAAAGUGCUCGGCAUCCUGGCCAUGAUCGAUGAAGGGGAGACUGAUUGGAAAGUGAUUGUAAUCAAUGUAGAGGACCCUGAAGCCAACGACUUGAACAACAUCAGUGAUGUCCGACGCCUGAAACCUGGUUAUCUGGAGGCCACGGUUGAUUGGUUUAAGCGCUACAAGGUCCCUGAUGGGAAACCAGAAAACCGGUUUGCUUUCAACGAGGAGUUCAAAGACAAGGACUUUGCCACUGAAAUUAUUAAGAGCACACACAACUUCUGGAAAGCCCUCAUUUCCCAGCAGACCAGUGCUGGUAAACUGAACUGCAAAAACACGUGCGUCUCGGACAGUGACAGCCCAUACUGCUGCUCUGUGGAGGAGGCCAAAGCUGCUGUUGAUGAGACAUGUCCUUGUGGAAAACCAGAACAAAUCCCCUCAUCAGUCGAUCAGUGGUUCUACUACGAGAGGAAAUAAACAAGGAGCUGUCUGGAUUGGCACAGAGUGAAAGGAUCAUCAAUUAUAGGUGUUCUUAGAAUAGAUGGUCUUCUCUAGGAACCAGUAGGAUGAUGGGAUGUGGAUGGUCGGGCUUGGGUCAGCUUUUUUCCUGUAGACAAAGAAAGUGUUUAAAAAGUGUAGAGAAAGUCAAAUGUUCUUGACCAAUGGUUUUUCACUUAUUUAACAAAGGUCUUGUUGACCAUGUGCUUUCAUGAACAAAGUGCAGGUACUAGUAGAUGCCCUGUAUCAAAUGCUGAACUGCUUUAAAAGAGCAACUUGGGUUAAAUUAUAGUCGAUGUGUAACAUGCCCCUGCUUUUCCAGCACUGUAAAAUAAAAUAAUUGAACAAA